AUGGGUAAGAAGAGCAGCUGGGCACAGGGGGGCUGCCGCACGCAGAGCGGCGGGCACACGCAGGCGGGCAGCAUCCUCUGUGCUCACCGCCCCUCUGGUACCGGCCACCCCACAAAUCAAACACCCGACAAGCUCCUGAAGCCUCCCGGACACUUUCAAAACAACCGCAGAGAACACAGCACAGUUCGGAAUAACCUGCGCUUGAGCCUGGGUGUGGCCCUCCAGCCCCAGCUGGCCAGUGUCACCUUUGCCACCAACAACCCCACCCUGAGCACCGUGGCCCUGGAGAAACCGCUCUGCAUGUUCGACAGCACAGAGGCCCUCAACGGCACCUAUGAAAUCUACCUCUACGUCCUGCUCGACUCGGCCAGCUCCAGGAACGCCUCCGUGCAGGACGGUGCCCACACCCCGCUCAGCUCCACGUUCCAGCAGACGGCAGGAGGGAGGACCGGCCCCUACAAGGCCGCGGUCUUUGAGCUGACCCCCUGCAGCGACCUGCCCAGCCUGGACGCCGUGGGGGACGUGGCCCGGGCCUCGGAGAUCCUGAAUGCAUACCUGAUCAGAGUGGGCGACAAUGGGGCCUGCCUGUCGGACCCUAACUUCCAGGGCCUCUGCAACCCGCCCCUAUUGGCGGCCACGGAGUACAGGUUCAAGUACGUCCUCGUCAAUAUGUCCUCGGGCUUGGUGCAGGACCAGACCCUGUGGUCGGACCCCAUCCGAACCAGCCGGAUCACCCCGUACUCGGCGAUUGACACGUGGCCGGGCCGGCGGAGCGGCGGCAUGAUCGUCAUCACGUCCAUCCUGGGCUCCCUGCCCUUCUUCCUGCUGCUGGGCUUUGCCGGUGCCAUCGUCCUGAGCCUCGUGGACAUGGGCGGUUCUGACGGGGAAAUCACACACGACUCCCAGAUCACACAGGAGGCCGCCCCCAAGUCCCUGGGCACCUUGGAGCCUUCGUACGCCGCUGUGAACCGGGGGCUGCAGCUGGACAGGGCCGAGGUGUAUGGCGGCAAGCUCCCGGACUGAGCCCCAGCGGGUGCGCACAGCGGCCUCAGGGCUCCACGCAGCCAGGGUCACCCCUGGCCCCACCCACGGCGGAGCAGGGCCAGGGGUCCAACUGCAGGAGCAAUUUUGAUAAAUUCUUCCCAAGAAUUUGAGUUCAAUAAAUAUUUACAGAAAGAGUGAGCCGAUCAAUGAAUGAAUGCACGU